AUGAAGUUCUACAGAGGAAAGUUCCAUGAGAAUCCCGUCUCCGCGGUCAUCGCUAUUGGUCCAGAGAUUUUCAUCAUCUCCGGAUCAGACGGUUCAGCCGUGUGGAUCUUUGAUUUCCAAACCGACAAUAUUCAUAGAGGACCGGGUUUGGAGCUGUAUCAACCAGACAUGAGCGUAGGGUUUGUGGGGACUAAGCUAUACGCUAUCGAAGGCUAUAGCAAGAUUCAAGCAAGAUCAUUGGACCUAAGGAAAGAAACGAACCAAAGUUAUGAAACAACGCCGAUUCCGACGGAGCAGAGGGAGUUCAUGUGGUGUUCGACUACAACGGCUUCGUUGAACCGAAAGGUCUGUUCUUUAUCGAUUCAUGAUGACAACUUCGUUUCCUAUGAUCCUAAAGAUGGUUCUUGCGAGAGGUUUGAGUUGAGAAGAUACAAAUAG